AUGACUGAAAUCCACCCGGCGCAUCAGAAGGAGCCGCUGCCGGCAGAGGUGCUCUCUGGCGCCCCCGCCGAGGUGACCAAGCGCACAGUGCACAUCUACCGCCCGGCGGUGAACCCGAUGCAGUCCGGACGCAACUCGAACCUCCGCUGGCGCAUCGACUUUGACGCACUGUCCAAGGGCGACAGGUGGGAGAACCAGCUGAUGGGCUGGCAGUCGACUGCCGACGCGAUGGCGUCGGUGAAGCUGGAUUUCAGCACCAAGGAGGACGCCGUGCACUUUGCCGAGAAGCAGGGGUGGGGGUACACGAUCAAGGAGCCAAAGUUCAGGCAGAUUAAGCCGAAAUCGUACAAGAACAACUUUGUCUACCGUGCGGGCAAGCUGCCGUUCGUCCACACCAAGUAA